AUGACCGAAGCUGUGCUGAGUGAAAAAGAUACCUGUGGCUUAUUCAUAAACAACGGUGAUGAUUUGUUGACUUUAAAAAAAGUUGUAUCCAAAAAAACAGACAAAGACGUUGAGAAACAAAAACUUAAUAAAUCUGUUGAGACUAAUGGCAGUGAAUUAAAUGGAAACCACAAUAAAACUGAUAGCAUAAAUUUUGAUGUCGAUAAUACAUCAUCAUUAGAACCAAAUUUUGAAAUGGAUAGUGAUACAAAUCGUAAUAUUACUAUCGGUUCAAUUCGCACCCAAGAAGAUCGAGAGUCAGAAACUAGUUAUAUCUCUAAUGAAAAUUCAAUUGAAAUUAAUCAAGCAGAUGUAAAUAACGGCGAAAAAGAUAUUCAAGUAAAUUCAAUCAAAAGCGUAGAUGUUCCAUAUUCUCCAAGUGAUCCUUUAUAUAAUAAUGAUUCAUAUGAUUUGGAAAAUGAUUAUUCAGAAUUAAAUAAUAUUGCGUCACCUGCAUCUUCCUUUCAUAUAUCAGCAAGAGCACCAUUACAUUCUUAUAAGGUUUCGGAUAGUACUUCUGAGGAUGAUAAUUUUUUACCGGAAAAAGAAGUAUUAAAUAAUAAGCGAAAACGUAAAUUUGAAGAUUUGGCAAAACAAGAUCAGAAGUCUACUAAGAUACUUAAAUUGUGGAGCUUGUUGAAAUAUCCCUUUCAAAAAAAAACUCGCACUUCAAUCAAUGAAGAUAAAUCAAAUACUUCUAUAGCAGAAAUCAUAGUUGAAAAAGAGAAUACCAUAGAACCCGAGUCGGCUGUUUGUGAGAACAAUAGUGAUAAUGCAAAAACUGAAGAAAAAAACACUCAAAACAGUUUUGAGGCAAAUGAUGAAAUUAAGGACGAUUCCUGUAACAUAAUGUAA